AUGUCUGGGCUGGUUGGGUAUGGAAGCAGUGAGGGUGAAGAGGACGAAGUCUCGAUCAAAGUUGAAACACCGGAACAUGUAGACACCGCUCUAGCUCUCGACACGACAUUGGAAGAUGGUCGCGCAGCACCUCCUUCCAUCUCUCAAACUCCACUCUUACCCCCUCCAGAACCAACAAAUGGAGCAGCAACAUUAGGCCCUACCACCGGUCCCUAUUUUCCCCACGCCUUCGAAUUAGUCCCCGCCACAUCCCGAUCCCAAUCCCCCUACACCUCGAACCGCGAUAUCCUACGUACGCUCACUCUCCCCGAAAACCCCAACCUCGACAUCCCGCCUUCACCACCGGCCUCUCCACCCCCGGGCAAUGACAUCAAGAUUUAUCAAUUCCUGAAGUUGAAAGCGCAGGGCGUGCAUUUCAAUGCGAAGCUAGCGGCAUCUUCGGCGCUCAAGAAUCCCAGUCUGUUGCCGAAAUUGAUGGCGGCUGCGGGGCUGGAUGAGGAGGACGGUGGUCGGUGUGAAAGCAGUGGUGGCAGAGGUGGAAAUGGUGUGCAGUAUGCAACGACGUUGUCGAAGGAGUUGUGGGAUCCUGAUGGGUGGCCCGAGUGGGCGUAUACGGAGGAGUUAGAUAAGGUACAGGAGGAUCUUAGGAAGAGGAGGGAGCAGGAGAGGGUGGGUAGCGAAAGGGCAUUUGUUCCUGCAAUUGGGGUUUCGUCGGAGAGGAGAGCCGGAGGUAUUAAGUCGGUGAAACGAGAGGGGCUUGGUCGGAAGUGGGAUGAACGAGAGUUGAAACGGCGGAAGUGA